AUGAAAGAGUUCGAUCCGAACAAAGACGAAUGUCCAGAAUUUGCUUGGAUAACAGAUGAAAGUCGCAAAAUAUAUGAGGCAAUCCAGGCUAAUGUUCGGGCUUGUUUAGCACAACCCGUGGAUUCAAACUUUGCACUACCAUAUGCAAGCCAUCCAGUGUUGCAAACUUUGAAUUUGACGGCAGAUCGGAAAUGUCGAUCUAGUUGUAGCACCCAUGUCGUUGGUGCGGACAAGUCAGUGAGACAAAGAUUGCCUCCACGAAUCCAGCUCGGCCGUCACAUCAUUAACACCUGGUAUUCCGCUCCGUAUCCUUCCGAAUACGCCAGGCUCAAUCUUCUCUAUAUAUGUGAAUACUGCCUGAAGUGUUCAAAAACACGGAAGGUUUACAUGCGGCACAUUGAAAAAUGUCCCUUCAGCUUCCCGCCUGGGAACGAAAUUUAUCGUUGUGGAAACGUGUCCGUUUUUGAGAUAGACGGAAACCAAUCGCGGCUUUAUUGUCAGCAGCUAUGUUUGCUUGCCAAGUUGUUUUUGAACCACAAAACAGUAUACCUUGACGUGGAGCCUUUCCUAUUCUACGUGGUGGCUGUUCGGGAAGAAAAUUGCUUCCACUUGGUUGGCUAUUUCUCCAAGGCUAAGCAAUGGGCGCAAGCAUUCAAUCUCAGCUGUUUGAUGGUCCUACCCCCGUAUCAGAAACUAGCAUACGGACGUUUUUUAAUCGAUUUCAGCUACCUGCUCUCUCGUAAGGAAGGAAAACCCGGUUCCCCAGAGAAACCGUUCUCAGAGUUGGGUCGUCUAUCCUAUGAGUCUUACUGGCGUUCCAAGGUUCUGCCUUUCAUCAUGGGUUCGUUCGAGAGCGAUACGGUCUGUGAGGCAAGAAAACUAACGCCAUCCAUAACAAAAUCUCUCAAUACUAAUGAGUGUGCGUCCACCAUUUAUCAAAUUACUGCAUGUACGGGCAUCGAUCCGCAUGACGUAGCGAGUACUAUCGAAAAGUUGGCCACUGCAAUUCGACUCGGG